GUACGCGCAUAUGGUUUCCUUGGUAACUCGUGCCUGCGUUGGCGUUCCCGAGGAAGAAAAAAAAGACGAAGACCGUGGCGCGUGUGCGUGCGGCGCGCUCCCGUGAAGAACGCGCUGGAAGCGAGAGAGAAAGAGAGAGGUAGAGAGAGAGAGAGAGACUUCAAGAACGGGCAAGGAAACGGAACGCGGAGAGCCGGGGAAAAUAAUCCUGAAAAUGCGUCCGGAGGGUAAAUGAAGGAUGUUUCUUUCCUUCCCUUUAGAAAAAAACGACCGAAUGAAUUGGAGUGAAUGUCGUGAAAAGGGAGAAUCUUAAAUUACUGCGUAGGAUUGUAGUGAAAUAGAGCCGGGUCUGAUUUUUGGGGGAAAAAGAAAGAAAUCCAGGAAUGGAGGCAUUCAUUAUAGUUCACCAAAGCAGGAGAGAAGAUUUGACACGAGGACAAGACACUGCAUAAACACCCAGUUCUAAACAGGAAUAAAAAAGUUUGAUUUUUUUUUUUUUAUUAUUAUUAUUUUUGAAACCACGUAGCCCCUCCUUCGUGGCUAAUGACAAGAAUACGAUUUGAGGGCCUGAAGGACGGAGGCACGUGCUGAGGGAAAGAGUUUGUCUGCAUCUUUGUGUUCUCACAGACCAUGAGGCCAUCAGCGCAGAGGAAUCGACUUACAGUGGUCUGGCCUGGAUGCCAUGCCACCGGGCCGUGGAUAUGGUUGUUUUGUACAGUUUUGGCAAUGGCACGGGCACAGAACUACUACCCUACAGUGAACACACAUUAUGGGAAGCUACGUGGUAUGCGUGUUCCACUUCCCAGUGAGAUCCUGGGCCCAGUGGACCAGUAUUUGGGUGUUCCUUACGCCGCACCACCCGUGGCUGAGAAGCGGUUCCUUCCCCCUGAGCCGCCCUCGUCAUGGUCAGGCAUUAAGAACGCCACCCACUUUGCGCCUGUGUGCCCACAAAACAUCCACAAUGCCGUGCCUGAGAUUAUGAUGCCCAUCUGGUUCACUUUUAACUUGGAUAUAGUCGCCACGUAUAUACAGGAGCAAAAUGAGGAUUGUUUGUACCUCAACAUAUAUGUGCCAACCGAGGAUGUCAAAAGAAUAUCCAAGGAAUGUGCCAGAAAACCCAACAAGAAAAUAUGUAGAAAAGGAGGGGCCCAUGCUAAAAAACAGGGUGAAGAUUUAGCAGAUAAUGACGGCGAUGAAGACGAAGACAUACGAGACACCGGCGCCAAACCUGUGAUGGUCUACAUUCAUGGAGGCUCCUACAUGGAGGGCACAGGGAACAUGAUCGACGGCAGUGUGUUGGCCAGCUACGGAAACGUCAUCGUCAUCACGCUCAACUUCCGGGUCGGCGUCUUAGGCUUCCUGAGCACGGGUGACCAGGCCGCUAAAGGUAAUUAUGGCCUCCUGGAUCAGAUCCAGGCCUUGCGCUGGAUCAGUGAGAACAUUGGAUACUUCGGUGGUGAUUCUAACCGCAUCACUGUCUUCGGAUCAGGCAUCGGUGCCUCUUGUGUGAGCCUGCUUACCCUGUCCCAUCACUCCGAAGGUCUGUUUCAUCGUGCCAUCAUUCAGAGCGGCUCGGCGCUAUCCAGCUGGGCUGUCAACUACCAGCCUGUGAAAUAUACACGUCUGCUCGCAGAGAAGGUGGGCUGUAAUGUGCUAGACACCAUGGACAUGGUGCACUGCCUGCGGAAGAAGAACGCUCGUGAGCUAGUGGAGCAGGACAUCCAGCCUGCACGCUACCAUGUGGCCUUUGGGCCAGUGAUUGAUGGUGAUGUGAUCCCAGAUGACCCAGAGAUCCUUAUGGAGCAGGGAGAGUUUCUCAAUUACGAUAUUAUGCUGGGCGUGAACCAGGGUGAGGGCCUGCGCUUUGUGGAAAAUGUUGUGGACUCUGAAGACGGCGUCUCAGGCAAUGACUUCGACUUCUCUGUCUCUGACUUUGUGGACAGCCUAUAUGGUUACCCAGAGGGGAAGGACACUCUGAGGGAGACUAUCAAGUUUAUGUACACGGACUGGGCUGACCGAGACAACCCAGAGACCCGCCGUAAGACGCUUGUCGCUCUCUUUACUGACCAUCAGUGGGUAGAACCAUCAGUGGUGACAGCUGACCUGCACGCUCGCUAUGGCUCUCCCACCUAUUUCUAUGCCUUCUAUCACCACUGCCAGAGUUUGAUGAAACCCGCCUGGUCAGACGCAGCACAUGGAGACGAAGUACCAUAUGUUUUUGGUAUCCCCAUGAUCGGGCCUACUGACCUAUUCCCUUGCAACUUCUCCAAGAAUGAUGUCAUGCUCAGUGCUGUGGUUAUGACCUACUGGACUAACUUUGCCAAGACUGGAGACCCAAACAAGCCAGUGCCCCAGGACACCAAGUUCAUCCACACAAAAGCCAACCGCUUUGAGGAAGUAGCCUGGUCCAAAUACAACCCUCAGGACCAGCUAUACCUGCACAUCGGGUUGAAGCCACGUGUUCGUGACCACUAUCGUGCUACCAAGGUGGCCUUCUGGAAGCAUCUGGUGCCGCACCUGUACAACCUGCAUGACAUGUUUCACUACACGUCAACCACCACACGAGUGCCACCUCCUGAGACCACGCAGAAUUCACUAGCCACCAAGCGGCCUAACGGUAAGGCCUGGCCUUUCAACACCAAGCGACCACCUAUGUCACCAGCUUACAACAGCGAGAGUGGCACAGAACGGCGGAACAGCGCCGAUAACGACGAGACCGGGCCACUGCUUGUCGAAAAUGCACGUGACUAUUCAACCGAGUUAAGUGUCACCAUCGCCGUGGGUGCCUCUCUGCUCUUUCUCAAUGUUCUCGCCUUCGCUGCACUUUACUACCGCAAGGACAAGCGCCGCCAGGAGCAACGGCCACAAGGCAGCCCAGCUCGUGCAAACGCCAAUGCCAAUGUCAACGGGACCAACGUCGAGGAUGAGAUUGCAUCGCUGCAAGUGAAUCAGUGCGACGCCACACCAGCUGGAGAGGCACUGCCGCUCACUGCACUUCCUGACUACGCGCUGACUCUGCGCCGAUCACCCGAUGACAUCCCUCUCAUGACGCCCAACACCAUCACCAUGAUCCCUAACUCGCUAGUGCAGAUGCCCAACUUGCACCCGUAUAACACCUUCACAGCCGGCUUUGGCACGACCGGUCUGGCCCACUCACACUCCACCACCCGUGUAUAGCUUUAAGGAGGGUGCAGAAAAGUAUUGGGUUUUGUACGAAUAUCACAGUUAUGGAAGUGAAAACAAAAAGAAAAGAUUUCGAAUAGACAUUUUGUCGCAGGCAGUCGCUUUCUGAAUGUCGAUUGGAUUUGGUUGUGAACUAUUCCAUGUUCUCUUCCAAUGGGACGAGCAAUUCGAGCAGUAUUUUUUUCUAAUAAUCAUUUUAAAAGCGGGGGGGACAACAUUUUUAAGAAGAACAGGGAAGCUAUUGGCGACAAUUUUUUUGAAUAAUUAACAAACAUGAAGAAAAGUGCUUUUUAUUUCCUGUUCCAUUCUUGCGUGGAAAACACAUUUUUGAGAACGAUGGCCUCUCAGAUGACAUCUGCAUACUAUAUGUGUUGCUAUAUGUUGCUUUUUUUUUUUCCAUCAAUGCCUUACACGAGAGCUUGAUUUUGAGUUUCAUCCUUUUUAUCUUUCUGUGGCAUGAGCGUGCCUGGAACUUAUUUGGACUGAAUGAUUGGAUUCAUGAAAAAUAAAAAAGACGUAUUGGAAAUGGGUAGAGAAUUGAAGCAAUCCAGACCAGCUUUUUUUCAGUUGCAUAUACUCAUACAUGGUUUAACUUUUUUUCCCUUUUUCCAAUAAUAAUUUGUCUGAACCCGACUCUGUCAUGAGACAAAACUGAAGAUACAGACUUUACUGUGAUUGUUUUGUUAAGAGAAAAUUGCAUAUUUUAUGACAAAAUGAACUAUCUUCAUGAUAUGCACACUUUCACACCACUGAAUGUGUGCGAGUGUGCGUGCGUGCGUGCGUGUGUGUGUGUGUGUGUGUGUGCCUGUGUGCGCACAUUUACCCUAUUUUUGUUGAACAUUGUGUCUUUGGGGUGGGACAAGGAGUGCUUCUUUACCAUAUUGAUGAUUUUCCCAAGUAGUAUUUGAGCUGCGCCUCUGCAAAAAUAGCACUUUUUUUUGUUCUUUUAAAAAGAAGUUAUAUAUGUCUAAUUUUGCUUAAGAAUUACAAAAUAAAUAUAUUAUUUUACAUGUAAAAGAAAAAAUAGCUUAAUAUUCAACUGAACUAACUGACAUGAUUCCACUGACUUUGUAAGGUUCCUCCCAGCAGGAGAUGGUGGCCUGUUUACACUGAAUAACAUUAGUUCAGUGCAAACCUGUGUUUCUUUAAAAAAAUAUAUAUAUAUAUAUAUAAAUAUGGGCAUACAUACAUAUAUGUAUAGGGCUUUUAUGAAGAUUAUACUCCCAUUGAUCUCGACAUAUUAACGACCAUUAGUACUAGAUUAAAUCUACAACGAUAUCCAGAAAAGCAAAGCGACUAGUGUUUUGGACUAGUUCGAUUCUCCACACCAUAAUCCCAGGCCACACCAAUUGUCUUUUUAACAGCUCUAUAUGUAUAUUUAUGUAUAAAUAUAUUUAAUAUUUAUUUAUGUAUACCAGAUGUAUACAUGCUGAUUGUGCCAUGUGCCAAAUUAAAUCAUAAAACUGGAGAAGACAUGUUGCAAAAACAUUCUUUCUCAUGCAAGCUUCCUCUGAUUUUUAUUCUACUCAAUUUCAUUGCAUCAGAUUGUGUUACUUUUCCUGGUCAAACUGUCAAAACAACCUGUUUAUAACCGUCAAAUGGUGUUCUCCUUCGCAUACCGAACUGAGAGGAAAACAUCCAGGCAGCCAAGAUCAAAAGAAAAAGAAGGAAGGAAGUCAGGGGUCUGAAGACAGAAAUUUGUAUUUAAGGCACGUAUGUUUGAGUCAGUGGUUUCAACCAAUUUAAACUCAUUGAUAGUCAUUUGUGGAGAUGUGGGGUAGACAUGGUACUAUACGGCAAAGCAAAUCACUGAAAUCAAGCUGAGCAUGUUGAUCUCGAUCAAUAAGAUGCUGGAGUUUGUAUACCUUAAUCAACAUUCUGCUCUUCAUUAAAGUAACUCUUGACUUAUACUUUUCUUAAACGCCCUGUACUACAGAUUAGAGGUUACAUUUUUUAAACUUGGAGCAGGCAGUUUUUUUUUUUUUAUCUGUCCAGCAAGUCUCCACUCAUCCACUCAUCACUAUCUCCAUUCAGUUUUGCACUGUGCUCUCUGAUUGUACCAGACUACUUUUAUUUACUAUAAAUGUACUGAUGUCUACCACAAAUAACUCAAAUGGUAA